AUGGGCGACCUAUUGCAAAUCGCCGAGCAAGAGUUCCACAUAGGAAUUCUAGGGCUGGAUAUUCACAAUCCCAGUGGAUAUGUUACUGGGGUUCGAUUGUCGGGCCCGGAGGAGGAAAUUGAAACUUCACCAAAGAGACUCCAUCUUAUAGUCGAUGUUGAAUCCGACGCGCAAGAACUUUCUCUCCGCUGGAAAGACGAAAAGCUGGGCGCUGUUUAUUGUACAGACUAUGAGGAUCACACCUUCCUGCGGGCUGCAGCUGUGGAAAAUAACAACACCAACAUAUUUGGGGCUCUGAAAAAAUCAACUUGGGCUUUCCCGUCAAUUGUAACUGGUGUCCUCUCAACCUAG